CGGCGUCUUUUGCUGGCGGAAGCGGCCCAGGAAGCACGGUCCCGUUUCUUGAGUGACCUCUGCCCUCUGCCCUGACUUUUAACCCCUGACCUCCUUUGCAGGGCCCCCCCGUCUCCUGUCGAGAAGAGACGCUUUAAAGGCGCCGGGAGCCCCUCGCCAUGGGUGAUGAGGACAGCAACUCCAGCCUCGAGGCUGGAUUCCCAGUGGGCAUAGAUCUACGAACACGAGUUCUUCAGUUCGUAGAAGACAGAAUGCAGACUACUAUGCUAACUGGAAUAGUAAUUGGAGCUGCAGUGGCAUUGCCCCUUAUAGGGAUUUUUGUGUUUGUCGUUUACAGAAAGGUGAAGCAAUCUAGACAACCUCAGCCACAAGUGCCUCAGUACAGAUUUCGCAAGAGAGACAAAGUCAUGUUCUAUGGGCGGAAGAUCAUGAGAAAGGUGACAACUCUCCCAAACUCUCUGGUUGGGAACAUGGUGCCUCGUCAAAGGAUGCGGAAAAGAGCAAAGGUUUUGUCUUUGGCUAAGAGGAUUUUGCGUUUUAAGAAGGAGUCUCCAACUCUGCAACCAAAGGAGCCGCCUCCCUCCCUGCUGGAAGCAGAUCUAACUGAAUUUGAUGUGAAGAAUUCCCACUUGCCAUCAGAAGUCCUGUACAUGCUUAAAAAUGUCAGGGUUCUUGGCCAUUUUGAGAAGCCUCUCUUCCUGGAGCUGUGCAAGCACAUGUUCUUUGUGCAACUGCAUGAAGGCGAAUACAUCUUCCGUCCUGGGCAGCUGGAUAACAGCAUCUAUGUCGUGCAGGAUGGCAAGCUAGACGUUUGCGUUCAAGAAAGUGAUGGCACUGAAGUGGUCGUUAAAGAAGUGCUGGCAGGGGACAGUGUCCACAGCCUCCUCAGCAUUCUUGAUGUUAUCACGGGUCACCCUGCUCCAUAUAAAACAGUUUCAGCCCGAGCAGGAACACCAUCCACUAUAUUGCGACUUCCAGCCAGCGUUUUUCAGGAUGUUUUCCAGAAGUACCCUGAAACUCUUGUCAGAGUGGUACAGAUCAUCAUGGUGAGGCUCCAGAGAGUGACAUUCUUGGCUUUGCACAACUAUCUUGGCCUGACCACCGAGCUCUUCAAUUCCGAGAGCCAGGCCAUCCCAUUGAUAUCUGUGGCAAGUGUAACAUCUGGAGGAAGUUCAAACAAAGAGGUGAAAAGACAACUGUCUAACGUAUCAGAGGAGGAACGGGGAGAAAAAUUGGAGAAAGCAGGGGAUACCUCAGAAACAGACACAGUGAAGACUUCAGGUACAGAGAAUUCUGAGAAUUUUCUCAAAAGAAGAGUUUCUUUGACAUCCUCUUCUGGAUCAGCAGAGGCCCUUGGUAGCUCCAGUGGCACUAAAUCAGACCUGGAUAUGGCGUACGAGAGAGCCAGGGUGCAUUUCGCACCAGAUGAAGCUCCGACCAGUCCUGUUGUGAGCAAGUCUAUAUUGAAGAAGACUGUGACCGUGACAGAAACUCCCUCUGCGGUUUUCCAUUACAUAGAGGGUGACCUAACUGCGCCAGACUCCUGUGCCAGCAAACAAGUUGAUGCCAUCUUCGAAGCUGCUAAGAAAGACCUUUUAACAUUGAUGAAACUCGAUGACCCCUUGUUGCUGAAGGGUAAAGUAACAUUGCAUCAAGUUACGGCUGGGACUGUGGUAUCAAGGCAGGGAGACCAGGAUGUCAACAUCCAGUUUGUGAUCUCGGGUUUGCUUCAUGUGUACCAGCGGAAGAUAGACUCUGAGGAGGAGACCUGUCUUUUCAUCACCCAUCCGGGGGAAAUAGUAGGCCAACUAGCCGUCCUUACUGGGGAACCUCUCAUUUUCACCAUCAAGGCCAAUCGAGACUGCACGUUCCUGUCCAUUUCCAAAUCCCAUUUUUAUGAGAUAAUGCGGGUGCAGCCAAGUGUAGUGCUGGGUGUGGCCCACAGUGUUGUAAAGAGGAUGUCCUCAUUUGUGAGGCAGAUUGACUUUGCCUUGGACUGGAUGGAAGUGGAGGCUGGACGAGCUGUUUACAGGCAGGGGGACAAGUCAGACUGCACAUACAUUGUGCUGAAUGGGCGACUUCGUUCUGUCAUUAGGAUGGAUGAUGGCAAAAAACAACUGACUGGUGAAUAUGGGCGAGGAGACCUAAUCGGGGUGGUGGAGGCAUUAACCCAUCAGCCUAGAGCCACAACAGUACAUGCAGUCCGAGAUUCUGAACUGGCCAAGCUACCAGAGGGAGCACUGACAUCUAUCAAACGCAAAUUCCCACAGGUUGUGACCAGACUGAUCCAUUUGCUGGGUGAGACGAUUCUUGGAAGCCUUCAGCAGGGGGGUCAUCCUCUUGGAUUGCAUACCACUGGCAGCAAGUGGGAUGCUGGAAACGCUGCCAACAACCUCUCCACCGUAGCAAUCAUGCCAGUGUCUGAAGAGGUACCACUUACCGCCUUUACUUUGGAGCUCAAACACGCUGUCAGUGCUAUUGGUCCUGCUUUGCUGCUCACCAGUGAUAAUAUCAAACAGCGGCUUGGUUCUGCUGCACUGGACAGUAUCCACGAGUACAGGCUAUCUAGCUGGCUGGGGCAGCAGGAAGAUAUUCACCGUAUUGUGCUCUACCAGUCUGACAGCACCCUUACUCCUUGGACACAGCGCUGUAUCCGACAGGCGGACUGUAUCUUAAUAGUGGGGUUGGGAGAACAGGAGCCCACUGUUGGAGAGCUGGAAAGGAUGCUGGAGAACACUGCAGUCCGAGCCCAGAAGCAGCUGAUCCUGCUCCAUAAAGAGGAUGGGCCUCUCCCUUGCCGAACUGUGGAGUGGCUCAACAUGCGGAGCUGGUGCUCAGCUCAUCUUCACCUCCGCUGUCCCCGUCGAGUCUUCUCCCGGAGGAGCCUACCCAAGCUGGGAACAAAGGAGACAGCACCCUCUGAUUCUGUGAACAUUGGAUCCUCUUGCCAGAAGGAUUGGAGAUGCUGGUGGCUUGAUAUAGAAAUGUAUGAACGAGUAUUUCAGAAACCACCAGACCGUCACUCUGACUUCUCUCGACUAGCCCGUGUUUUGACUGGAAAUGCUGUGGCCCUAGUGCUCGGAGGUGGUGGAGCCAGAGGGUGCUCCCAGGUGGGGAUUAUCAGGGCACUGAUCGAAGCAGGCAUCCCAGUUGAUAUGAUUGGAGGAACUUCCAUUGGCUCAUUCAUGAGUGCCCUGUAUGCUGAAGAGCGUAGCUAUAAUCAGAUGAGGAUCAAAGCAAGGCAAUGGGCAAUGGAAAUGAAUUCAGUGUUUAAGACUGUGCUAGACUUGACAUAUCCAAUAACCUCCAUGUUCUCUGGAGCUUCAUUUAACAAUGGCAUCAGCAACAUCUUCAAAGACAAACAGAUUGAGGAUCUGUGGAUUCCUUACUUCACUAUCACGACUGACAUUACUGCGUCAGCCAUGAGAGUCCACACAGAUGGUUCCCUUUGGAGGUAUGUCCGUGCCAGCAUGUCACUGUCUGGGUACAUGCCCCCUCUCUGUGAUCCAAAGGAUGGGCAUCUCUUGAUGGAUGGAGGUUAUAUCAACAAUCUUCCAGCGGAUGUUGCAAGGUCCAUGGGGGCAAAAGUGGUGAUAGCAAUUGAUGUGGGCAGCCGGGAUGAGAUGGACCUCACCAACUAUGGCGACACUCUGUCUGGCUGGUGGCUGCUGUGGAAGAGAUGGAAUCCCCUUGUUGAAAAAGUGAAGGUGCUGAACAUGGCAGAGAUCCAGACCCGGCUUGCGUAUGUGUGCUGCGUGCGGCAGCUGGAGAUGGUCAAGAACAGUGAAUAUUGCGAGUACAUUCGGCCGCCCAUCGACAGAUAUGGCACCCUUGACUUUGGGAAGUUUGAUGAAAUCUGUGAAGUGGGAUAUCAGCAUGGGAAGACAGUAUUUAAUGUCUGGGGCAGGAGCGGAGUCCUUGACAAGAUGUUAAAAGACAGGCAGGAGAUCUGCAAAUCCAAAACAUCAGGUAUUGUGACCUGUCCUAGUACCUCUUUCACUGACUUGGCAGAAAUCGUGUCCAGAAUUGAGCCAGUCAAAGCAGCUCUGGUAGAUGAUGAAUCUGACUAUCAGACUGAGUAUGAAGAAGAAAUUCUAGACAACCAGAAGGACGAUUACGCUAAUUUCCUAAGCAGCCAGGUGGAAGAGGAUUCUGACUCCGAUGAGGAUGUACAGAUAAGAAAACGCACCACCAUCCCCAAACAGGAGAGUCGACCCAACAGCACAGGGGAGCCCAGCUAAUCCCCAGGGAAGCCACCAGGACUUGUCUUUCAUUUGGUCACAUAACUGUAGUUUCACUGACUAACAGCCCUUUUUAUAAAGAGAUUGCUUGGUUGAGAUGUUGCAGUUUCUCAUCCCUCUCCGAUCAGGAUGGAGGGGCUGUUUAACUGUCCUGAGAGGAGACCCACCAUAAUGAAGCACAAGAAGUGCCAGUGCGCUGCCCACAACUCCAUGCCCAGUGAUAUCUCAUGCCAUGGAAAUUUACAAUGUCUUUGCUCCUUUCUCCAGGUACCAUUGUGGGUUGCAAGUCAUUGAUCUCUCUGGGGUUUGUACGGCGAAGGGGUGUGCUGGGAGUUGUCUGUGGUUAGAAGUGUGUUCAGAUGCUGCUUUGGCUGUCUGCCACCAUGAGUUCUGUUUGCUGUUCUGGCCCAGAAGGCUAAAAAAAAAAAAGAACAUUGCUGGAAUGAAUGUGCACGGCCACUGCUGCGAACGGUCAAUACGGGAGCACUAGCGUGCAGGGCGUUUGUCACAGGAGCCAGGCAGCCACGUUGUUAACGCAGCUCUGUAUUUAUUUUGCAACUGUGUAAGUAGGAGCAAUGCUGUGAUAGUAGGAUAAAGGGUCUCUGUCUGCUUGAAGACUUAACAGGAAAUCUAAAUGCUACAAGUUAAUUACUCUAAAGAUUACUCAUUUGCUUCAGAUACUGUAUAAUGAAGCCAGCUGCGGAGCAUGUAAUGAUGGCACAUUUAGUUGCUAUUUGCCAGGCAGUUACAGAGUAGCUGCAUAGCUGUAGCUGCUGAAAUGAAAUGCCAGUACGUGGUUCUCAGUGGGUUACAAGAUUCUGUCAUUGAUCAGUCACUGUUUUGUGGAGUGUGAUAAAUUGCCAGGGAGGUUAUGUUGAGUCGAUAAGAGUUCAUGUUUUAAAGGUCUCAUUGCAGGCAUGCAAAACUUUGCCCAACUUUUCAGGAGCUCCACAAAGGUUGCAGCCAUCUAAAAUGGAGCAGUCCAGGUUCCAUUCCCAGCGUGGUACUCUCUGUCAUGACCCCGCUGGAAGGUGUUCGAAUGCUAAAGAUUUUUGAGAAUGCACCAGUAAUCCAAAGAUCUUAAGUCACUUCUGCUGAGAUCAGAUCCUCCUAAGGUGACACUUGUACUUAAGAAGACACCCUCAGUUUAUAACCACAGCUGGAGUCCUUUUUAUAUAUGUACUUUAAAAUAAAAUUGCAGCAGAGAAA